GGAGCCCAUUGAAUGGCGGUGCUGGCUCGAAUGGCCGAAUGGCCUACUCCUGCAACUAUUGUCUAUUGUCUGUUGUGCUGCAGCAAGUAAGAAUUUCAUUGUUUAUCUGGGACACAUGACAAUAAAACUCUCUUGACUCCGCUCUAUGUUUCAGAAUAUGAUUUCGAAGAAAAUCAAUUUUGCUGACUUGGAUUUCAAUGACACUUUUGAAAAUUACACUGGAGAUUAUGAUUAUGAUUAUGAUGAGGAUGCGUCUCCGUGCGAACCAAUGGUACUGAGUUAUUCCAUCAGCGUUGUCCUGGCGGUGGUCUACAGCCUGGUGUGUCUCUUGGCCGUGACGGGGAACCUGUUGGUGAUGCUGGUCAUCCUUCUCAACCGCCGCUCCAUCUCAUCCACGGACGUCUACCUGCUCCAUCUGGCCACGGCCGACCUGCUCUUUGCCGUCACCCUGCCCUUCUGGGCAGUGGACGCCGUGUCUGGCUGGGUGUUUGGUGACGCCAUGUGUAAGGUGAUCAGUAUGUUGCAGGAGGUGAACUUUUACAGUGGCAUCCUCCUGCUGGCCUGCAUCAGUGUGGACCGCUACCUGGCCAUUGUCCGCUCUGUCCAGUCGCACGGCCACAAUAGGUCAUGGAUGGUCAAACUGGUGUGUGCCAUCGUCUGGUUCGUGGCCCUGCUCCUGUCCUUGCCCAUUCUCUACAAGGGUGAGUGGACCCACGGCGCCAGGACCCUGUGCUACGAGACCCUUGACGGACAAUCGGCCGACAUCUGGAGAACCGCCACCAGGUUUGUACGGCAUGUGAUUGGCUUCCUCAUGCCGCUGGCCGCCAUGGUCUUCUGCUACUCCGUCACUGUGUGGAAACUGUGCCAGACCAAGGGCUUCCAGAAGCAGAAAGCCAUGAAGGUCGUCAUCGCGGUGGUACUGGCCUUCCUGGUGUGCUGGCUGCCCUACAACGUCACGGUGCUGGUCGACACUCUGAUGAGGAGCAAACUCAUCGAAGACUCUUGCCCCAAACGUGACCACUUGGACAGGGCUCUGACCGCCACCCAGUUCUUGGGGUUCACGCACAGCUGCAUCAACCCAAUUAUCUACGCCUUCAUCGGGGUGAAGUUCAGGAAGAACCUGGUGAAGAUCCUGACCGAUGUAGGAAUCUUGAAGACAAGUGAAACUGCCGAUUUCAGGAGAUCAGAAUCGUACACCAUCUCCGGCCAAACCUCAACCACCAUUUAGACCAUGUAGGCAACAUCUCUUUACGCUCAGCUUUACUAUUGCCAUGUGUACCGAGGUACAGGGAACAGCUUUGUUCUGCAGCUGCCCAAACACACCAGAUAAUACUGGACAUAAAUACAAAGCCAAACUCAAGUCCAAUAGGUAGUGCAAAGGGGAAGAUACAGAGUGCAGAAUAUAGUUCUCAGCAUUAGACAAUAGACAACAGGUGCAGGAGUAGAGGCCAUUCGGCCCUUCGAGCCAACACUGCCAUUCAAUGUGAUCAUGGCUGAUCAUCCACAAUCAGUACCCCGUUCCUGCCUUCUCCCCAUAUCCCCUGACUCCGCUAUCUGUGAGAGCCCUAUCUAGCUCUCUCUUGAAAGUAUCCAGAGAACCGGCCUCCACCGCCCUCCGAGGUAGAGAAUUCCACAGACUCACAACUCUCUGUGAGAAAAAGUGUUUCCUCGUCUCCGUACUAAAUGGCUUACCCCUUAUUCUUAAACUGUGGCCCCUGGUUCUGGUCUCCGCCAACAUGUUUCCUGCCUCUAGCGUGUCCAAGCCUUACAUGUUUCAAUAAGAUACCCUCUCAUCCUUCUAAACUCCAGAGUGUACAAGCCCAGCCGCUCCAUUCUCUCAGCAUAUGACAGUCCCGCCAUCCCGGGAAUUAACCUGGUGAACCUACGCUGCACUCCCUCAAUAGCAAGAAUAGCAAGGGCACCUUUUUCAGAUUCCUCAAAGUGCUCGAGUACCUUGGA